AGUUGUAUUAUGGAUUUCGAGACAAGUGUAGCUGUUUGUGCUGGCGCUUUUUGUCUGAAACGACAAAAGAAGAAAAAAGAUCGACGCUUGUGGUCUAAAAAAUGGUUUUUGGACCGGAGUAAGUUUAGCCAUAUGUCGCUUCUUGCUGAACUUGCCAUUAGUGAGCCUCAAGACUUCAAAAAUUAUCUAAGGAUGAGCGAGGAAAGCUUUGAAUAUCUAUUCGGAAGACUGUGUGAGCACAUAGAAAAAGAAGAUAGCCUUUUGAGAACCUCAAUUCCUGCAAAAGAACGUCUUGCAGCCACUCUCCAGUUUCUAGCCAGUGGUAGGAGCUACGAGAAUCUGAAGUUUAGUUGUGCAAUAUCUCCGCAAGCACUAGGAAAAAUCAUACCAGAAACUUGUGCAGCUAUUUUUGAUGUUCUAAAGGAAGAUUUCUUAAAGUUUCCUUGCAAUGAAUCGGACUGGAUGAACAUAGCUGUGGACUUCAAAAAGUACUGGCAAGUUGAAAACUGUGUCGGCGCUAUAGACGGAAAACACAUAGCGAUUCGUCAACCUCCGAAAAGUGGGUCAUACUACUACAACUACAAAGGGUUCCACAGCAUUGUUCUUUUUGCUGUGGUCAAUGCUAAUUAUGAAUUCAUCUAUGUAAAUUGUGGUACUAAUGGAAGAGUAUCCGAUGGUGGCGUACUUAUGGAAACUGAUUUUGGAGAGUUGCUGGAAAAUAAGGAAUUGCACUUGCCGUCACCAACAAGCUUCGAUGACAGGAGAGACGUUUGCCUCCCUUUUACAUUCCUUGGAGAUGAAGCUUUUCCUCUGAAGGAAAAUCUUAUGAAGCCCUAUCCAAACAAAGGAAUCACCCACGACGAAAAGAUUUUCAACUAUCGGAUGUGCCGUGCUAGGAGAGUGGUGGAGAAUGCGUUUGGCAUCUUAGCGACUCGAUUUAGAGUCCUUCUUUCGACAAUGAAUGUUAGUGUAGAGAGGGCAGAAAUCAUUGUUUUGGCGUGUUGUACUUUACAUAAUUUUCUACGCCAGAAAAGUCCAACCUACCUAACUCAAAGUAGUGUGGAUUGGGAGGACACUUCAGCAGGCCAGUUAAAUGAGGGUGAGUGGAGGCAGAACACGCAAGAACUUCUUGGGUUUAAAAGAAUGAGGCGGGAUGGCAGAGAACAAUCAAUUGCCAAUGCAGUUCGAGGUUGGUAUAAAAGUUUCUAUAACAACGAAGGAAGUGUUGAUUUCCAAGAAAAAAUGAUUAAUAAGCGUUGACAGUUCGGUAUUGAGUGUAAACAAGUGCGAUGAUAUAGUUAACAACAACAAAAAUUAUAAAAUAUGUUGAUUUUGCUAUGUAGUCCUAUCUUUUUCAAUUUGAUAACUAAAUAUUGGUGAACUUUGUACAUUUUUUCUAAUUCGUUUAGAUACCAUAACUGUGUCCUAUUUAUAUUUUA